AUGUCUUAUUGGAUACAGCAGCUGAGGACUGCUGUAUUUGGACGCGAUCCUGAACCUAUAAUUCAAGAAGCUCCUGUGUCAGAACCAGAACCAGAACCAGAACCAGAAACAAAAACAGAACAAAAACAAGAUCCUCUGCUUGAAACAGCUCAAUCUAAUCCUAAUUCUCGUGAACAUGAACAUGAACAUGGACAUGAACAUGGACAUGAACAUGGACAUGAACGUGGGCGUGGGCGUGGGCGUGGGCGUGGGCGUGGACGCGGACGCGGACGCGGGGGUAAACAUGGUCAUGGUCAUGGUCAUGGUCAUGGACAUGAAGCCACAGAGGUUGACAUUGAUCAAAUCCCUCCUAUUGAUCUCCUCCUCACCGAUCCAUGUAAUACUUGCUCUCUUCCCUGCGACGACCACAAGGAAUACCCCUCAUACCUCAAAUUUGAUCAUAUUUCUCCUCUGCUGGGAUCCAUGAAACCCUACAGCCGCCACGUUCUUAUCAGCACCGGCGAGUCGGACUGGGCCGAACGGAUCGAAGAGGACUGGGGUUCCUUUGCCGCAAACCUAAGCAUGGUCACCAACGACCGGCCACCCCAGAACCGAGCAAUCAUCACCAAUACUUCUAUGCUCGCCACACACUCUACCCUACCAAACUCACACGAUAUCGUUUUGCUACCCGACAAUAUCAUCAUUUCUAAUGUUACUCCCGACGAUGCAGAGGCAUUCUAUGAAGCCUUUCUUGCCACACCACUCCCGGUCGCACCAGUCGUGCUUGACGAAGAUUAUUACAAGUCCAAGAAUCUAGGAAACAUGGUGGUCCACAAAAACCUCUAUUCUUCAAUGAUCUUGAUUUGCUCGCACCGCAAGAGAGACAAGCUAUGUGGCGUCACGGCCGAAAUCCUUGGACGCGAGUUUGACAAUGUCUUGCGCGAAAAGGACAUUAGUGAAGGUGAAGGAGGAACGGCUAUCCUGAUGGUGAGCCAUGUUGGAGGCCAUAAAUUCGCAGGUAAUGUUAUCUGUAUUACGCACAAUGGAACACGAUGCGUCUGGUACGGUCGCGUAAAAGCAUGUCACUGUGAAAGAAUUGUGGAUGAUACGAUACUGAGAGGAAGAGUUUUGAAAGAACUUUAUCGAGGAGCAAUGUCACACAGUUAUGACGAAUCCAAGUGUGAAAGAAUUCGUUGGUAAUAAAAAGAAAAUAAAAGGAAAUAAACAACAACAACAAAAACCC